GACACUUCAAAUCGGUCUUUUUUGUUGUGUUUCGUUCCGAAAAAAAUCAACUUUUGUUAAAUUAGACAAUGGAAGGCACUGCCGAAGCACCUGACCAGCCAAAGGAAAAGUCUCAAAGCGAUAUUUUAGCGGCACGUCGCGAGGCCCGUCGUCGUCGCAUCCUGGAAAACUCCAACAACAGACUCUCCAAAAUCACGGGACGUGAACACAAUGAGCCUCCGCUCGUGGCAGAACAACCAAUUUCCACAAAUGUCAUCUAUCCGGACCCAGAAAUGGAACGCGAUACGUUCGAACCGACGGAACAGCCGCCCGAAGAUGUCUUGGAAAUGUUACGAGAACUCCGGUCACAAGCUGGCUUCAAUCCAUCGAGCUUGGGCAGCGACGAGCAGCCAAUACCAAAGGAACCGCCAUCGAAAUUCGCCAAAUUUCUGCAAUCGAAGGUGCAUUACAUGCUCAUGGGCGUCAUCGUGAGCCUACUUUUUGCCACACAUAACGAAUGGCUCGUCGGAAAUAACGUUUUUUUGCCUUUAUUCUGCUGGGAAGCGAUCGAAGUGUUUGUCCUGAAGACGUACGUCUCAAAGCUGAACUUUCUCGGGAUUAUUUUUGUCUUUCUCGGUGUCGAUCAGCGUCAAGUGCAGAUCAUUACGAAGCUGUUGGAGACGCUGAACAAAUUAUUUAACGAUUUUUCGUGUUUUUUGUUCUUUUUUGUCGUGACCCAUGUCGCGUUCGGGUACUUUUGGCAACAAAAAGACUUCAAUGACGUACUUUUUCCCGCGGGAGAAGUCUGUUUGAACAGCAAUUAAAGCUUUAAUAUUUUUCAAAUGGAAAAAAAUAAUAAAAAACGGGAAUUUCUUACUAUUUAA